CCAUGGAACCCCUACUAGUCGACGUAGUGCAUUUCUACCCUCGAGAGAACGCCCAGCCGCACAACACUGUCAAGUAUGAGGUGGUUAACGAAGAAGACCCAACAGUGGCCAUCGUGCGACGAGGCCAGCCCUUCAACGGCGUGGUCCGAUUCACCAGACCCUACGAUGAGGAGUCAGAUCUUGUCCAACUGGUCUUCACACUUGGAGAUAAACCCGCGAUGGAAACGAUGGGGUCCAUAUUUCUGAAGCGUGAUGCCGUCGCCGACAAGCACGCCUGGAGCGCGAGACUCACGGACGUACAGAAUGACACACUCUCCUUCGAGAUAUCGACUCCCGUGGACGUGCCAGUGGGGUGCUGGGCGCUGCGCGUGGUCACGCGCGUCAAGAACUCGCCCGCGAGGGAAAUCUAUGACUACGAUCAAGACUUGUACAUCCUCUUCAACCCAUGGAACCCUGAUGACCAAACCUACAUGGAAGACUGCGCGCUACUCCAAGAGUACGUCCUCACCGACGUUGGCAAGGUGUGGGUGGGCCCCAUCAAGACCACACGCGGCAAGCCGUGGGUCUACGGCCAGUUCGAUAUCGACGUGCUGCCGGCUGUCAUGUUCAUGCUUGACCGUGCUAACUUGCCGUUCAACCAGCGCGGUGACCCAGUCCGUCUCUGCCGCAUCAUCUCCAAAAUGGUCAACUCGAACGACGACGAUGGCGGCGUGUUGAUAGGCAGCUGGACUGGCAACUACGAGGAUGGCACUGCGCCUUCUGAUUGGACGGGCUCCGUUGAGAUCCUGCAGCAGUACCUUCAGACGCAGCAGGAAGUGCCGUAUGGGCAGUGCUGGGUGUUCGCUGGCGUUGUUACCACGGUGUGUCGCGCCCUCGGCAUCCCCUCCCGCGUGGUCUCCAACCUGGUGUCAGCUCACGACGCCAACAGCUCGCUGACCGUCGACAAGUACUACACCGAGACCAUGGACGACCUGGGCUACGACCCCAACAACCCCUCGGGUGCUGACUCCAUCUGGAACUACCAUGUGUGGAACGAUGUGUGGAUGGCGAGGCCUGAUCUGCCUGCAGGGUACGGCGGCUGGCAGGCCAUCGACGCCACACCCCAGGAGCUGUCCGGAGGGCAGUACCAGUGCGGGCCAGCGCCACUAGAAGCUAUCAAGCAGGGCGUGCUGGGCUUGAACUACGAUGUGGACUUCAUGCUGUCGUCAGUCAACGCGGACCUGAUGCGCUGGCGCAAGGACCCGGAAGCCGAGAUGGGGUACUCUAUGGUCGACACCAACAACUAUCACAUCGGGCGCAUGAUACUGACGAAGAAGCCUUUCGUCUUCGACCCCCUGGGUGACGAAGAUCGCGAGGACAUCACGGAGCAGUACAAGCACUGUGAGGGUUCUGCGUCAGAGCGGCUGGCACUUAUGAAUGGCGUACGCCGCUCUGAGAGGGCUAAGAGAUACUACGCGAUAGCGAGCAACCUCACAAGCGACGUGUCGUUCAAACUGCGAGAUAUCGACACGGUGGCCAUCGGAAACGACUUCCGGAUCAUCGUGGACAUAGACAACAACUCUGACGAGCCACGAAACAUCAAGGCCGUGCUGACAGCGACCAGCGUGUUCUACAACGGAGUGCGAGCGGACCUGGUUAAGAAGGUGGAAGGGAAGAUCUUUGUCGGACCUAAGAAACAUGAAGAGAUAAGCAUCGACGUGAAGGCAGACGACUACCUGCCGAAGCUGGUGGAGUACUGCAACAUGAAGAUAUCGGCCAUGGUGAUCGUCGACGAGACCAAGCAGUCGUGGGCGGAUGAUGAUGACUUCCAAGUGCUGAAACCUACUAUCACCAUCAAGUUCAACGACGACCUAGUAAUCAACACGGCGACGGAAGCAUCCCUCUCCUUCGUGAACCCCCUGGACCGGAUACUGACCGGCUGCGAGUUCCGCGUGACCUCGCCCGGCCUCGCCGGCCGGACCGUGCGGGUCCCGGCCCCGGACACCCCGGCUAAAGGACGCGUGGUGGCCAGUCUCCCUGUGUUACCUAAUAAACUCGGCAAGAUCAACAUAGUGGCAACAUUCAAGUCCGCCGAGCUGCGGGACAUCACCGGCGCCGCCAGCGUCGACGUGUUCGAGGGCUAAGCCGAUAUCAACUCUGUGUUGUUAGCAAUAAGAUACAUUUUGAAGUGACGUACACACUAAGUUGCCAGCAACUAU